AUGUCUUUGAUUACAGCAGUGAAUGAUGACGAUUUAAAUCGUACAGUAAGUCAAGAUGGGACUAUCAAGAGUAUUCCAAGUUUGACGAGUUCAAUUAGCGGAAACAGAAGCAGGGCUAACUCAAGAGCUAAAAAUGUUCUCCCAUCUGUUUAUCAAACAUCUGGCGAACCAUUAAGUAAAGAAGCCCUAUACCAUGCAAAGUUGAAGUAUGGUGUUUAUCAAUCUCCUGCAACUGGUAAUUCAGCUGGGGUUCCAAAUGUUAAGUAUGCAAGUGAUUCAGCUGCUCAGAUUGCAAAUGAUACAAAAUUUACUAUCGAAGCUUACAAAAGAUCCAUUGAUCCAAAUGCGACAAAAGCUGCGGAAAGACUAGGAAAAUCAGUUACUGAAAAGCCAGUUUCUUCUAAGACAAACUCUAUUAUAAAGAAUACUAUACCACCAGGCUCAAAGAAUGCAGCAACUAAGGCUUAUGCUAAAACUAUCUCUACUCAACCAGUUAGUGGUGACAGAAGUAAGGCCAACUCCAUCACUUCUUCUGUCGCCUCAGCUUCAUCUGCUUUGGGUUCAGUUUCUACCAAAAAAGCACCUAAACAAAAAGAAUCCAGUUCAACCAUAACACCAAUCUCCAAAAUGGAUUUAUCAAAGGUUCUAAAAGGUGCAGAAUUGAAAGCAGAAGCUAGAAUCAAAGAAAGAAUGACUCCUGAACGUAAAAACUAUUCAUAUGGUUUAAAAACUAAGUCAGUUCAAACUGGACAGUUGGCUUUUAAUAAGGAUACCAUGAGUAAUUUGUCUGCAACAAGCACAAGAUCAACUAACCGU